CCGCUGUCUUCAAAUUGCUUCCUUACCAAGUACCUACUACUCGUCAGCCACCACAAUGUCCGCCACAACGACGAGCACCACGACGACCCGGGUUCAUGGAAGCAUUCCACCGUUCCCUCCGGACCUCGUCCACGCGCCAAUUGCUGAGAUCUCGUCCAAAAGCCUGCUGGAGAAGGACCUUGCCGCCACCGCUGCAGUCUUGCAAGCAUGCCAGACCUACGGAUUCUUCUACCUCGACAUGGCCGACUCCGAGCCGGGGCGCGAGCUCCUCACCGAGGCGGACGAGCUCCACGACCUCAGCAAGCAGGCCCUUGCCCUCCCGUUUGCAGAAAAGGACAAGUACGACUUCCGCAAGACAGGCUCGUUCUUUGGAUACAAGCCCGCCGGGACCGUCAAGUUGACCGACAAGUCCCAGCGGCCGGACAGCACCGAAUUCUUCAACAUUGGCAAGGACUGUCUGUUUGGCGUCGCGCCCAGCCGCACGUACCCCGAAGUCAUUCAAGACGCGAGGCCACUGCUGCGGGCAUUCUGCAAGGGCGCGCACGAGAUGGCCAUGACGAUCCUCCGCACGCUGGCGCGCGCGUUCGGCGAAGACGAGGACGUCUUUGUCAACCUCAACCGCUUCGAGGAGUCGUCGGGCGACCACAUCCGGCUCACGCUCAAGCCCCCUUCGGAUCCCACAAAGACCGACAUCCUGGGCCUCCCUUCGCACACCGACUUUGGCAGCGUCACCAUCCUCUUCAACUGGCUCGGCGGCCUGCAGAUCGAGUCGCGCACCCCCGGCCGCGUCGGCGAGUGGGAGUACGUCAAGCCUCUGCCGGGCAAGGCCAUCAUCAACCUCGGCGACGCCAUGGUCCACUUCUCCAACGGGGCCCUGAAGAGCGCGAAACACCGCGUCGUCCCGUCGCCCGGCGAGCAGGCUGGGAUGGAACGGGUCAGCGUGGUCUACUUCGUGCGGCCCACGCACCACAGCCUGAUGAAGCCCGUGGGCAAGUUCGACAUGCAGCAAGACCGCGUCAAGGUCGCGGGCAAGUUCUCGGACGGCAUCGAUGACAAGGUGUACACGGCGAGGGAAUGGCUCGAGAAGCGUUACGUGCAACUGGCGUCGUCGUCGUCGUCGUCCAAAGAUUGAUCUUCUUCUUGGCCCAAUCCAGCAUUUGUAAACCGAGUCUUCACGUGGCCGGCAUUUCGGGGGAUCUUCGAAUUCAUGCAUGUUCAACCAUGUGGGAUCAAAUCACUGGCAGUAAUGAGAGAGAGAGAGAAAAAUUGAUAUCGCACUACACCCCAGGGCGUCAUUUAAUGUACUUUGACCUUGUCUGAAGGGGGAAAAAGGGCGAAUCGCGACAGAAGAAUCACUUAUGACCCAGCCACUGGUACCAACACCAUGUAGGCAAUGAUGUUGACAAUGGGUCACCAUCAAAAAUGCAAUGCAAUACAUUAAUAUGGAGUAU